AUGCCCAUCACAAAGUACAAGGCGGCCGCCGUCACCUCCGAACCUGGCUGGUUUGAUCUCGAGGCCGGCGUUGUUAAGACAAUCGACUUCAUCAAUGAGGCUGGACAGGCGGGGUGCAAGCUGGUUGCCUUCCCCGAAGUCUGGAUCCCUGGAUAUCCUUACUGGAUGUGGAAGGUGACAUAUCUUCAGUCACUGCCAAUGCUCAAGAAGUAUCGUGAGAACUCGCUUGCAGUUGACUCGGAAGAAAUGCGCCGGAUCCGUCGGGCUGCUCGCGACAACCAGAUCUAUGUGUCCCUUGGAUUCUCCGAGAUUGACCAUGCCACGCUUUACCUGGCUCAGGUAUUGAUCGGACCGGAUGGAUCUGUCGUGAACCAUCGCCGCAAGAUCAAGCCCACUCACGUGGAGAAGUUGGUGUACGGCGAUGGUCCCGGUGACACCUUCAUGUCGGUGUCGGAAACUGAUAUCGGCCGCGUGGGUCAGCUCAACUGUUGGGAGAACAUGAACCCAUUCCUCAAGGCGCUCAAUGUGUCCUGCGGAGAGCAGGUUCACAUUGCUGCCUGGCCCGUCUACCCAGGCCGCGAGCGCCAGGUUGCACCAGACCCAGCAACCAACUACGCCGAUCCAGCCUCGGACCUGGUAACCCCCGAGUAUGCCAUCGAGACUGGCGCCUGGACUCUUGCACCCUUCCAGCGUCUUUCUGUCGAAGGGCUCAAGAAGAACACCCCUGAGGGAGUCGAGCCUGAAACCGACCCAUCCGUCUACAAUGGCCACGCGCGUAUCUACAGACCUGACGGAAGCCUGGUCGUCAAGCCAGACAAGGAUUUCGAUGGCUUGCUCUUCGUCGACAUUGAUCUCAACGAAACCCAUCUGACAAAGGUCCUGGCUGACUUUGCUGGGCACUACAUGCGCCCAGAUCUCAUUCGAUUGCUGGUUGACACUCGUCGCAAGGAGCUCAUCACCGAAGCUGACCCUGUUGGUACAAUUGCUACUUACACCACUCGGCACCGUCUGGGACUAGACAAGCCCCUCGAUGGAGAGAAGAAGGAGCAGGAGUCUGCUAAGGAAGGGACUCAGAAGCAGAAGAGCUCUGACGUGCUCUAA